AUGGACUCCAUCACCUUAACUUUCAACUAUGAAAACAAAUCAGAGAAAUCGCUCUACAAACUAUGGAAGCUAACCAACGACCUCCUGUACAUCCAGUGCACCAAGAUUUCCAAAACUGAACGAUUGAAUAACCGAUCUUGGAGACUACUCAACCAGCGAAUAUUGAGAUCCCAAUGUGCCGCAAACAACAACAACAGCACUAGCAACAAGAACCAUAAACAAUGUAUGAUGAAGAACGAUCUGGUUGAAAUUUUGCAACUAAAUGAUCUUUUCAAAGAAAACACGAUCGAGUUGAGACCAAAGCAGUCGCAGUUCAUAUCAAGUCGCCCUUCGUUAUUCAGCCAUUCGUCGAACUUGAGUCUACAUCGAGGGAGAAGAUCAAGCACUCAAACAACAGUGGACUCCAACUGUUCCCAGACUAGCCAUGACUCCAAAAAUCUAUUAGCUCAGGUUUAUACCGAUGAAGCAGAAGAGAAUGACAACGACGACGAUGACAGUAAUAAUGACGAUAGCGAUAGCGAUAGCGAUUUGUCAGACAUCUCGGAUAUUUCCGAAAUGUCCGAGUCCGAAGAAGGACUCGAAGCCGUCCGCUCAAAUCAUUUAAUUCCCCAUCAAGAUGGCACAACACGACACCAACCGCCACAAACACAAACAAAAGCGCAACCGCAUUUCAAAAACACUUGUCCAGAUUCAUCUCCAAAAUUCACCAAAGGUGCUCUCGACGCUACUAUAUCAUCUGAGGCACAAACAAGUCCCAAUCCGUCCAAUUUAAAACAACCACAACUAGAGCAACAAAACUCGUUAUUCAGUAGUCUCAGUCUCAAGGAUCAACUCAAUCAACCAAGCGUCCACGAUCAACCCAAAAUCUCACCACUGGCUGGCGACAACCACUACAAAGAGAAAAAACAAGAAGAAGAAGAAGAAGAAAAACAAGAAGAUGACGAAGGUUACCUGUCUACCGAUAUAUCAGAAGAUGAUGAAGAGGUAGACGAAGACAGUGAUGAAGAUGAACACGAAAAUCAACAUGAACAUGAACAUGAAAACAAACACAAGCUCGAAAAUGAAAACAAAAUUGGUAAAUUAAAAGUUAAUGUAAACCCUCAAAGCAAAUCAUGGGAAAAAAAUACAAAAGAAGAUAAUGAAAGCGAAUGGAUGUCGGUUAGUUCUAGCUCAGUAAACUCAUUUGUUGCCUCAGGCAGGAGUUUAAAAACCCAACUCAGCUUUCACAAAGUUGCACCACCGGCAGUAGCUCUAGUACUGGCUGGACCAUCGACAUCAACAGCAUCAGCUGUACAGCCGCAACAGCAACAGCAACCACCUCGAUCUACAAGUUCCACAGAAACUAUUCCCUCGUUGGAAAGAAAGAAACAAGAAACCACUCCAACGUUGGAAAAACCAAGGUCACUACUCUCGGGAUUGUUUUUAAAUGAGUUGGGAAACAGUGAAUCCAAGCGGUUAGAAGAAAAACCCAAAUUGCUCAGGUCAAGCACUACAGGUGUAACAACAAUCGAUACCGAAAACAAGAGACCGUCAAUCAUUUUUAAUAGAAAAUACCCUUCGUUGACUGACCUCCCCCGGUUUAGUCUCCGAAGCAACUCACUGGUGAGCACGCCGACGUCGUUGGAACCUGUUGAUGACCACAAUGCGCCCAUGAAGAAACAAAGCAGUAUCGUGGGGAUAUCAGACAUCAACGUGUCCAAAGUGCCCAAGGUGCAAUCGCUCACCGAUGAAGAACACGAAACCUUGUCCACCAGCUUGAACAAAUUGUCGAGAUCGGUCUCGCAAAAUUCGUUGAUGAGUUUGCUUUCCAAAUCAUCGAUUUCAUUUGGCAGGUUAUACACUAGUGGCAAGAACAAAAUCAGGCCUGACCAUCGAGAUCAUCGAGAUUAUGACUCUACAAAGAGAGGCAAUAGCCUUUUUGGAAAUAAGAAAACAGACACCACAAAACAGGAGCCUCCAUCAGCUAGCAGCGAACAGCUCCCAAAACACUCACCGAGCUCGCUUACUUCAUCUUCGUCAAUAAUGAUUCAAUCUUCAAAGUCGUCCAACACGCCUCCUUCUCAGUUUGGGCCCAUACCGAAAAUCACCACCACCGAUACAGAUCAAUAUCAAGGUCCCGAUCACCAAGAUCCCAAUCACAAUCUCAGUCACAAUCACAACUUGGAAAAAGAGAUUUUCAAAAAUCAGGAUUUCAGCAAAUCCUUGAAGGAGUCAUUAAUCAUUGACAACAAACUCGGCAAAGUCGCUAUGCCCGAUAAGAUGUUGAUAAAAAAUCAAGCCAGAGAACUCCCCGGCAUUGUCGGAGAAGACGACAUCUUUGAUGAUUAUCACUCCAAGGGAUGGUGA